AUUUCUCUGCAAUCACUAGUCUAUACACACAGAUUAAUACGUGAUAAACCUUGAGUCAAUAAGGGAAAUAUCAAAUACAAAUUGAUAAGCGAAUCUAAUAUGUACAAUGUGUUCAUUUCAACCUGCAAAAUCACUGGGCCAGGUUUAAAAAUACCCAUUUCACCUUCCCCCUUUGCUCACAGCCAACCAAGAUCCCGAGUCCUAAACCAUUUUCUUUUUCCCUGCAUUCACAAAAUCACAACCUUUACGACUGUACCCAGCAAAGGAUUAACUGCCACUCUUGGUAAAUGGCAAAUAUCACAUGCUACCCAUCUCCAUUCACUAACCAUGUAUAAAUAAGCAGAAACACGGAAACUAAUUACCUCACUCCCAUCUCUUUCCAACACACGAAACCACUUGCGACGAACCAGACGAGAAUGGGCUCUGCUGCGGCGGCUGCAGCAGCUUUCCGUUUUCUGCUGCUCCCUCUCGCUGUCGUAUCUCCGUAUAUCGCUCUGGUAAGAGGGGCAGACAUUCCUGCCAUAGGCAUCAACUAUGGCCAGCUGGGGGACGACUUGCCAUCUCCUUACAGAUCGAUCGAGCUCAUCAAAUCAAUGCAGGUAACCAGCGUGAAGCUCUAUGACCCGAACCCAGAAGUCAUGAGGCUCUUAGCUGGGAGCAAGAUCUACGUAACGGUCAUGGUCCCAAACCAAGAGAUCGUCAACAUCAACACUAACCAUAGCUUGGCAGUCAGAUGGGUGCAGGAUAACGUCCUGGCCUACUACCCGCAAACAAUGAUCCGGCUCAUCAUGGUUGGCAACGAGAUUCUCAGCCAUAACGCUUCAGCAGAGGAUAUGCAGAUUUGGAACCACCUUGUCCCAGCAAUGUACAAGAUCAAGAACAUCCUCCGAGCAAACAACAUCCAGAACAUCAAAGUAGGGACGCCAUUAGCCAUGGACAUCUUGCAAACCACAUCCCCACCUUCCAACGCCACAUUUAGACGUGACGUCGCCCUAACAGUGAUGCCUCAGCUGCUCAGAUUUUUGAAUAGCACUAAAUCCUACUUCUUCAUAGAUGCUUAUCCUUACUUCCCUUGGUCUGCAAACCCCACAAAUGCAUCCCUUGAUUAUGCACUGUUCAAAUCACAAAGAAACUACACCGACCCUGGAAGUGGGUUGGUUUACAGUAACUUCUUAGAUGAGAUGCUUGACUCGGUCAUCUUUGCCAUGACCAAGCUCGGGUAUCCGGAUAUCCGCCUCUUCAUAUCAGAAACCGGAUGGCCACACGGAGGAGAUAUAGAUCAACCGGGUGCUAACAUCUAUAAUGCAGCUAUAUACAACCGGAAUUUGGUUAGAAGGAUGACUGCCAAGCCACCGAUUGGUACGCCAGCUAGGCCGGGAGUGGUUAUACCAACGUUCAUCUUCUCACUGUAUGAUGAAAACCAGAAGGAUGGGCCUGGAACAGAAAGGCACUGGGGCUUGCUGCAUUCUGACGGGAGGCCCGUAUUUGACAUAGACCUGACUGGAAGUAGAGCAGAUUCAGAGUACAAGGCGUUACCUGAAGGGCAUAAUAAUGAGGCCUACAAGGGGAAGAUAUGGUGUAUUGCUGCGAGAGGAGCUGACAUGAGAGGGCUGGGGAGGGAACUGAGGUAUGCCUGCAACCAAGGGAAUGGGACAUGUGACGCACUGGCACCUGGGAAGGAAUGCUAUGAACCAGUCUCACUGAUUUGGCAUGCAAGUUAUGCAUUCAGCAGUUACUGGAAGCAAUUUAGGAGCCAAGGUGCUACCUGUUACUUCAAUGGACUUGCUGUGCAGACCACACGGAAUCCUGGUAGUGAAUCUUGCAAGUUUCCCAGCGUGACGCUUUAAAGAUUACCAUAUCAGGGGAGAGGAGCUGAAAGGAAGCAGCACGACUAGAAGAGGCUCCACACUCACUAAAAGGGCAGGCAUCAGUAUUCCCUCAUCUCAUCUUCUUCACUAUCAUUUGUGUAUUUAGUUUUACAAAAAGGAAUUGUAGGUGCAUACUUACCUAUGACCAAGGAAAUAAGACACAAGAAAUUGUCUGACAGACGGAUAAGCUCAUCUCUUCACAAUGUAAAACAUUUAUACUGCCCCUCCAAUUGACUUCUGUUUUGACACUGCUUGUUCUAACAAAAAAUGAAGAACUUC